AUGUCUCUGGGGCUGGAGCUGGCGUGCGUGCUGCUGAUCCUGGGCACGGCCCGGGCAAUGAUUCCCAUCCAGUGCGGAACGCCGGCCCACGUGGAGAGCGGGGUGUGCUGCCCCACCUUCUGGGGCGACGGCUCACCGUGCGGAUCAGCCUCGGGCCGGGGGGUGUGCCAGGACGUCACGGGGGAGACCCCGCAGGAGCGGGCAGAGCGGGAGAGGGUGCAGCGCAACUCGCGGGACUUCCGCCUGUGGUGGCCCACCUACUUCUUCAGGCGUCUGUGCGUGUGCCGGGGGAACUUUGGUGGCGCCGACUGUGGGGAGUGCGCCCACGGCUGGCGGGGGGCAUGGUGCCAGGCCAGGCACAUAGUCAUCCGCCGGGACAUCUCCGCCCUGCCCCUGGCCCAACAGCGACUUUUCGUGCAAAGGCUGCACCAGGCGAAGGUCACUCUCAGUCAGCGCUACGUCAUCUAUGCCAGCAGGAGUUACACACCCGGCUCUGCCAUGACCUUCCGCCGUGCCAGCGUCUACAACAUCGCUGCCUUCAUGCACUACAUCUGCUUCAAGGUGGUCAGCGUGGAUUCCAAUGUGACCUUUGCGCACCGCAGCACGUCCUUCCUGAGCUGGCACCGGCUUCAUUCCAUCCACCUGGAGAACGAGAUCCGCAACAUCACCGGGGACCAGGAUUUCUCCCUGCCGUAUUGGAGCUGGGCCGGUAAAACCCACUGUGACGUCUGCACCGACAACCUCUUCGGGGCCAGUCUCCCAGACGGGCAACUCUCCCCGGGUUCUGUAUUCAGCAGAUGGAGGACGUACUGCUCUGACGAUGGAGACCACCAAUGGGAUUUCAGGUUGGUUUGCCCGUCUGUGCCCGGGGGACCCAUCUUCCGUUUUAACCGUCUCGAUGAGCGGUUCGAGCGGCUGCCCAGCUUGGACGAUGUGCACGCCUGUCUCAACAUCAGCAGCUUUGACACUGCACCUUACACCGUCCUGGCACUGAACUCUUUUCGCAAUGCAUUGGAAG